AGGGUGUCUGCAAGACUGGGAGCUUCUUCGCGGCUGCUGAGGUUUUUUUUUAAAGAGAACCCUCGGCACCGCCACCCCACGCACGUGUUACAGUUCCUAUUUUCCAUCAGAAUUCCGGGACAUGGUGUUAAACUUUAAAAUGGAAGCUUAAAAACAGGAGGAAUGCCACUGUGAGACCACUUUACAGAGUAGAUUUUGGCAUUUGGGACAGAGCCUGAGCAGUCUCUCUCUCUCUCUCUCUCUCCCUCUCUCUCGGCCUGGCCACCGGCUCCCAGGUCUUUGCUUUGUGGAGACAAGAUGGACAGAUUCCUGGUGAAGGGGGCUGUCAGGGGCCUUAUGGGAAAGAGGGAAAAAGAACAGACCGGGGCUGGCCCAGCAGGGUUGGCAGAAGAGGAGGGAAACAGCAGGAAGAAGCCCAGGAGAGUAGCCCUGGAGAAUGGAGUCGACGAGGAAGGCCUCAGCUGGAGGCACAUUCGAGCCGAGGGCCUGGACUGCGAUUACACAGUCCUGUUUGGCAAAGCUGAAGCAGACGAGAUUUUCCAAGCGUUGGAGAAAGAAGUGGACUAUUUUACAGGGACCCAAGUGUGGAUUUCUGAGGCGCUGCCAUGUUUCCCCUGCACAGGUGCGCUGGCCAGGGUCCAGGUGUUUGGGAAGUGGCACAAUGUCCCGAGGAAGCAGGCGACGUACGGUGACGCUGGGCUGACCUACACCUUUUCAGGCCUCACUCUGUCUCCAAAGCCCUGGGUCCCGGUCCUGGAGCGCGUCCGGGAUCGCGUUUCUCUGGUGACUGGACAGACCUUCAACUUCGUGCUCGUCAACAGAUACAAAGACGGCCGUGACCACAUUGGUGAGCACAGAGAUGACGAGAGAGAACUGGCUCCCGGGAGCCCCAUCGCCUCUGUCUCCUUUGGGGCCAGCAGAGACUUCUUCUUCCGGCACAAGGAUUCCCGAGGGAAGCACCCCUCCCGGAGGAUGGGGGUCGUCAGGCUCCAGCUGGCCCACGGAAGCUUACUCAUGAUGAACCACCCGACCAACACUCACUGGUACCACAGUCUCCCCGUCCGAAAGAAGAUUCUGGCCCCCAGGGUCAAUCUGACAUUUCGGAGAGUCCUGCCUACUACAAAGUAAAAACAAUUUAACAGCUGGUACUUCUGUUAGCUCCUUCCCUCUGCUCCAGGAGGGAGCUGGAGUUUCCUUUAGCAACAGGGAACAUGGAAAAUGUGUAACCCAAGCGCAGGGCUUCUUACAUAACAAUGCUGAACUCAGAAAGAGGAUGUUGGCAUCAGAUCGGUGAAUUAUCAAGAAUACCAGUUGAUGUUUUUCCUAACAAAAUGAUUCUUUUAUUGCUAUAAUACACAGCAGAUACAAAAGGUACCUUUAGCAAAUACAUAAGUCAGUAGUUAUUAUGGCAUAAACUAUAAGUUUAACUUAGGUUUUUGCAAAAAAGAAGCGACUUUGUAAAUAACUUAAAGCUAGAAAUAAGAUUAUUUGGCUGCUACUUAAUGCCUAAUAAUUUACAAAAUGAGGACGUUGCCUUUAAGUCAGGUGAAGAGACUUUGCAUGGAGAUCAUUCACAUUUACAACCAUGGCUCCGUCCCUGGCCUCCGACCAAACAUCUGCUUACAACUAAACGUUCAAAGGAUGAACCCCGUUCACGCCCGGCAUCUCUCUCUUAUGGCAGAUUUCAAAGCGUAAGCAGUGGCAGAACAGCAGUUGCUCAAAGCUACAACUUUGCCAGGCAGGCUAAGGUCACACGAUUGAGCAUUUGUUCCCCCAGACUCGGGUAUCACGGGGACGCGCCUUGUACCAUCAAAGCCGGGGUCUGUAACGGAGUCAGAAAGGGACGUCUGCCGUGAACACAUCAGAAGCUUUGCACUGCUCCUUCCUCCCUGAUGUUUGCGGCCUGGAGAACCUUCACAGUCUGUUCUGUCGGUAACGCGUUCCGAGGUCUCAGGGUGCACAUGGGCCCCAGUGGAAUGGGGCUCACCUGGGCCUCUAGCGCUUUCAGCUGACACCAAGGCCGGGGAAGCAGGGCCCUCAGCGUGACCUUCUGGAUGCGUCUGAUUCCAGAUCUUAUCGCUGAAGAGUCCGUCUGAAUUUGGGAUCCUUUUUUUUUUUUU